AUGGAGAACCAAGGCCUGCACUGGGUCUGUCGAGCUUGCACCUUCAUCAAUCAGGUGGGCAAAGUGGCGGGCGACCAGUGCGAAGUCUGCGGGCUGGGCAAGCAGGAUGACGACGCCGUGCUCACCGAAGAGGAGAUGAUCAUUCGCGACCAGAUCAUGGAGAUGGAGCUUAAGGAGAGCAGAGAGCAACAGGCCAGAGAACAGGAGGAGAGGGAGCAGAAGGCCCGGGCCGAGGCCGAAGAGAAACAGCGAAAGGAAAGAGAAGCAGAAGAAGAAGCGAAAAGGGAUGCCACCAACAAGCAGACACACAGCGCACCCAGCCUUUCCUCAGAGAGACUAGCAGCGAUCGAGGCCAAGCGAGAGGCCGCGCGUGCCCGACGCGAGGAUCUGGGCGAGCACUACCGCCUGAUCUGCCCGGUGUGCGAGAAGCCCAACCACCCCGCGGUGGCCUCUUGCACCGGCUGCGCGUUCGUCCUCUCCCCGUGGGACGCAGCCAAGGUGCCCGCGAACGUGUUCUUGGACCUCGUGCAGGGCAAGGACAUAGGCUCGAGGGUUUGCUACAGAGACGAGCACAUCAUUGUGUUUAACGACAAAUUCGGAGUGUCCGACGUACACAUCGACGUCAUACCGACCUGGGUGGUGGAGGACAUUACUCAUCUCACCAAGGACGACAUACCCAUGGUCAAGCGACUCUACGAGAUGGGCCUCAAUGAAAUCAAGCAGAGGAAUCUGGCUCGAUUCCAGGGGAAGAAUGUCGAGGACUACAUCGUCGCUGGCUUCAAUAUGCCCGUCUCUGUAAAGCACCUGCAUCUGCACAUGGCGUUGCCGCCCUACAACCACGAACAGGUCUUCCUCUUCCCGCGCUGGCACCCCUACGCCAAGGUGCUGGCCGACCUCGAGCUCCACGGUGAGGUGCGCCUCUACCACGACCACCCGAACGAGGCCGAGCAGGCCAGGGAGCAGGAGCGCUUGGUGGCCGGUCACCGAGAGAUGCUCGCCGUCGCGCAAGCGCUGCAGUCGCAACAGCCAGCUGAGCCGGGUCGAGCCACCACCACCACUGAUGAGCCUGCAGCCGCACCCAUGGACGUCGAGCAGGACCGCGGCAAGGAGAAAGUGGUGGACACCAUGGAAGGCGUCGGGGAGCACGCCGACGGGUACACGGCGGGCAAGCUCGAGCGGGAGUACGAAAAGUGGGUCGAGCUCAGCGAGGCCAACGGCCAGCUCAUCUGGAUGGGGUCGGACGACACCGAUGACGGUAAGAAGAUGAUCCACUUCCUCGUCGACGACAAGGAGUUCUCCCUGGUCUACCCCACGCCCGGCGACGUGAACGGCGUGUUCCGGGUCGAGGCUGACCGCAAUAACCGCUGGGCGGCCGAGCUCAACGAGUACCUGGCGGCCCAUGCCAAGACUUUGCAGGUCGGCGACCUAUUCUCGAAGAUUGUCCACUACGUCACCCGUACCCAAGGCUUGAAGCGCAGUGGAAGGAAAAUGCUGCGCAGCUCCGACUCGAUCAGGCACAGCACCGACGGCAGCGAGGAGCAAUUCACCGACACGGAGGAGUCGCAAGACCUUGGCGACAUGGGCAUGGACGACGAGUCGAUGGACUGGACCGCGGAGAAGUGCAAGAACGAGCACAUGAAGAAGGUCGAACAGGAGGUCAAGGACGCACAGAACCUCGUGGGCGCCAAGCUCGUCUCGGUCAGAGGAAUGGGCCAAGUCGUGGUGACGAUCGACAUCACGGCCGUGCUAGAUAUUGCGUUGGCCCAGGCGAUCGAUAUUACCCCGGACGAGCCGGUGCUGGUGACGCUCGAUUUCGCCGAGUUCUGGUCGCUGCCCGAUGGCAAGGAGCGCCUGCCGGUGCCUAAGUUCAGCUGCCGUCAGUGGACCACCAGGGACAGCAACUCGUUCGGCGUCAAGUACCAUCUUCGUGAGAUCGUAAGCCGAUACGUGGAGGACACUUGGAAGUGGAGCGACGAGGCCGACAGAAAGAAGAUCCGGGUGCUGGGCGCCUUCGCGUCGGAUCACAGCAAGGCCAAGCCGAGCAAGUGGCAGCCCAAGGCCCGGGGGAGCGUGCGCAAGCUGCUCGGCAAAUCGGCGGAGGCGCCCGCGCCAGCUGACAACAAGGCCAAGCUCGACCCCAAGGAGGCCCUCGAGAAGCUGCGGCUGAUGGGCUUCACCGAGGAGGCCAGUAAGACCGUGCUCGUGGCCGAGAGCAACAACUUUGAGAAGGCCGUCAACAAGCUCCUCAGCAUGGGCGACUCCGUUCGUUGCCCCUACGAGCCGCCCAAGCCCAGAGAGGAGGAGGCCUUGCCGGACCUGGUGAUCGAGAUGGCGGGCAUGGGAUUCGAUCCCGAGCACGCUGCGGCGGCGCUGAGAAAGACCCGCAACAACGUCGAGCAGGCCCUCGAACUGCUCAUUUCCGGCUUCACCGCCGCCUCGUCCACUUCCAGUUCGUCUUCGUCGGGCCGAAGUGAGCUGACGAGCAGCAUGGACGAGGACAUCGCCCGAACCCUACAGCGGGAAGAGGACGAACAAGACGCCAAGAGGAAAGCUCUGCACAUCGGCGCGAGCGUGCUUGCCUGUGGCGACACGAACUUCUUCGUGGGGAUGAUCGGAUACGUGCGAGCGCGCCUGGCCAACUACUCGCGCUACUGCAUGGUCUGCCACAAGAAGCACACCUGCGCCAGUGACAAGCCGGUGGUGUGCUGCAACCCUCUGUGCAUCUUCCGCUUCUCCGAUGUGCUGCCGCAGAACAAGAAGGAGCAGCUCUCCCAGCUCUCGCGUAUCGCCGUGUGCCCCUUCAGCAACUGCGAGGAGGAAGUCAAGCUGGACCACAGCGAGGCGACCAUGGCUGCUGUGUACGGCGUGACCGACACCGCCGCAGGCAACACUCAGGAGAUGCUCCUGCAAAUGAUGUCCCACCGGUAUCUGGCCAACGAAGAACUGAUCGACUUCAUCGAGAAUGGCGUCAAGCAGAACGGCAUGAUCAUCACCAAGAUAGAGAACGUGCUGAAGGCGGAGCUGGUGGUCGAAUUCGAGGCGGCGUGGGCCGAGCUCAGACAGAAGCGGUCCGAAGAUCUGGCCCGACCGAGCAUGGCCUACCACGGCACAGCCGAGCAAAACAUCGAGAGUAUUCUGGACAAGGGCCUGCUGGUGCCGGGCAAGGGCAAGGGCAAGGACGUCGGCCACGCCACCGACACCGGGUUUUGGGGCGGCGGCAUCUACCUCUCGCCUAACUCCAGCAUGUCCGUGGGCUAUUGCCGAGGAGGGAAGAAGCUGUUGAUCUGCAGCGUGCUGAUGGGCAAGACGUUCCAGUGCACGACCCUUAUCCACGGCGCAGACCUAAUGGCCGGCCAUGACUCGCACACCGCCCCGGGUGGUCAGGAGUGGGUGAUCUUCAACCCGGCCCAAGUGCUGCCCUGCUACCUCGUCUCCCUCAGUCAAGCCCAGUAG